AUGGGAUUCCGGCAGUGCCAGUCCGAUACGUGGCUGUAUACUCGGCGGGACGGUGACGGUGAAGAUAUGGUGAUCGUUCUUGUCUACGUCGAUGACUUGUUAGUCGGAUGCAAGGAUGCAUCGAUAAUUUCGGCCGUGCUCCAGGAGUUGCGAAAAUGUUUCGACAUCACAGAUCUAGGGAUGGUGAAACAUUUCCUCGGCCAAGAAGUUCGGCGCGAAGAUGGCUGUUAUAGUUUGCGGUUGACAAGCUAUAUUGAAGACUUGGUGAAGCGCUUUGGCCUUGCGGACUGUAACCCAAGCAAAACCCCCAUGGACCCUGGAUAUGUACGUUACGAGGACAGUCAACCAAUGGCCGAUGUUACACGAUAUCGAAGUUUGGCUGGCGCACUGUUAUACAUCUCCGUGAACUCGAGACCGGAUAUAGCAGCAAGUGUAUCGUUUCUUGGCCGAAGAGCUAGUCAACCGACAAUCAAUGACUGGAAAGCUGCAAAACGCGUCCUACGGUACCUAAAAGGUACUAAGGAGUUGAAACUGAAGUUCGGACCAGGCGAAGAAUGGUUGCUGCGUGGAUAUUCUGAUUCCGACUGGGCAGGCGACCACGAUACUCGCAAAUCCACAACGGGAUUCGUGUUCUUGUACGGAACUGGACCGAUCAGCUGGGUGAGCCGCCGGCAGACAUGCGUGACUUUAUCGUCGAUGGAGGCGGAGUAUGUCGCUUUGAGCGACACGUGCCAGGAGCUUAUCUGGAUUCGACGGCUGUUAUCUGACCUGGAGGAACCACCUGUGGGCGCUACCCACGUGUUUGAGGACAACCAAAGCUGUCUCAGCUUCGUUCAAGCGGAACGGAUCAGAAUGAAGUGA